AUGGAGACAGUCACGCAAGCUUUCGGGGGCAAACCUUGCUCAAUGACCGCCUCAGGUGGCGGUGGUGGUGGCUACUCCCCAAACCGGUCUGCCGGGGUCGGUUCGGGCUUCAUGCAGGUACCGGGAACUAUCGAUCGCGGCCCGUCAACAUCCAACGCCCACCUGCAUCACUCCCCGGUGUCCGGACCGGGCGGUUUCGCCACCUACACGCGGGCCGACUGUCGCUUCGUUCAACCCGGGGCUGUCCCUCCUCCGACCGCCUCAUACGAUGAACAGUACAAGAGCUACCGGACCUCUGCUACAGCGGCAGCUCUUUCCUUCAACAGUAUGGAGCUAUCCACUGGCCAUGAUUCCAGUCAUCAUCGGAUGGACUUUACAAGUCCGAUGAGAUACUCUGGUUCAGUGGGCAGUGCUGCUGCAGUGAUGUACGGGGCAAGUAACCACCAUGCUACCCAGCAACAUCUCUCUUGCCUCAACUAUCCAAGCUGUGCUAACCCAAGUUAUCCUUUCGGCAUUUCAGCAGAAGGUCCCCCACCAGGUUGGAUGUUCACCUUAGCCGCUCUCCCAAGACGCACGAAGCGUCGUCCCUACACCAAGAUGACAAUCUUCGAACUGGAGAAGGAGUUUCAGUCACAUCAGUAUCUCACAAGAGACCGGAGAGCGAGACUAGCCCAGACCCUCACACUAACGGAGAGACAAGUCAAGAUCUGGUUCCAGAACCGAAGGAUGAAACAGAAGAAGGUGAACGACAAGGAGAAAGGAAGACAAACCCAGAAAAACGACACGAAAAACGACUAG